AUGGCUGGAUCUUCUGGCACUUAUUUCCAACCAGAAUCAGAGUCAGAUGACAAUGGUGAAAUGGAAUUGUACUCUGUAUCUUGGAAUCAGGAUUACGGUUGCUUUGCUGCAGGCACUAGUUGUGGUUUUCGUAUAUAUAAUUGUGAUCCUUUCAAGGAAACCUUCAGGCGUGAUCUGAAAAGUGGAGGAUUUAAGAUAGUGGAGAUGCUGUUUAGGUGCAAUAUUUUAGCACUUGUUGGCAGUAACAUUAAUGCCCAAUACCCUCCAAAUAAAGUAAUUAUAUGGGAUGAUCAUCAGAGCCGGUGUAUUGGUGAAUUCUCAUUUAGGUCCGAGGUUCAUUCUGUUAAACUAAGACAGGAUUGUGUUGUUGUUGUUCUCGAGCACAAGAUAUAUGUUUAUAAUUUCAUGGAUCUGAAGCUUCUUCAUCAAAUAGAGACUUUGGCGAAUCCCAGGGGACUUUGUUACGUCUCGCACCACCUGAAUACAUUUGUGUUGGCAUGCCCAGGCCUUCGACGAGGACAAGUCUGGGUCGGACAUUUUGGCCUGAAUAUGACAAAAUUAAUCAAUGCUCAUGAUUCUCAAAUUGCUUGCAUGACCUUGACAAUUGAUGGGCUUCUUCUGGCUACUGCCAGCAUCAGAGGAACUUUAAUAAGAAUUUUUAACACAAUGGAUGGAACUCAAUUACAAGAGGUACGCAGAGGGGUGGACAAAGCUGGCAUAUAUAGUAUUGCUCUAUCUCCAAACAUUCAGUGGUUGGCUGUGUCAAGUGACAAAGGUACUGUCCACAUAUUCAGUCUCAGAGUACGGGUGGUUGGAGAGGAUCGUUCAACUGAUUCCGCUGUCGUUAGAGGUCCAGCAUUAUUUCACCAGAAUUCUUCAAACUCUCUUGAUGCUCUCAUUUCCUCAAGCACCAGUUCUAACCCCAGCUCAUCGUUGUCUUUUAUGAAAGGGGUUUUACCUAAAUAUUUCAGCUCAGAAUGGUCAUUUGCUCAGUUUCACUUACCAGAAUGUAUUCAGUUCAUCACAGCCUUUGGUUCUCAGAACACCCUCAUGAUCACAGGCUUGGAUGGAAGUUUUUACAGGUGCUGUUUUGAUCCAGUGAAUGGAGGGAUGAUGGUGCAGCAGGAAUACAUCCGGUUUCUGAAAACUGAAACCAGACCAAGAUAG